AUGAUUCAUUUGAACGUACUAUUAUUAUUUCUAAUAUCAUAUUUACCUCUCGUUACUGCCAAGGAUGGCUACUGUGCAAUGUAUGAUACUUGCGGGAAGAAGUCGGUGUUCGGAGCUUCAUUACCAUGUGAUACCUUCACACCUGCCACCGUUCCAAGUGACUCCUCCGCUGCUUUGUUAAAGCAGAUCUGUGGGGCAGAUUUCCCAAUUGACAGAGUUUGCUGCUCUCCGGCGCAGAUCUCUGCACUCCAGUCUAACUUGAAGAAGGUGGAUCCCCUUAUCAGCUCUUGCCCAGCAUGCAAGAAGAAUUUCUAUGACUUUUUCUGCCAAUUUACAUGUUCUUCAAACCAGUCGAAUUUCGUUAACAUUACCAAGACUGGAAUUGCUAGUGAUACAAAGAAAACAAUUGUCACUGAACUUACUCAAUUUGUGGAUCCUGACUAUGCCAGUGAUUUCUUCCAGUCAUGUAAGAACUUAAAGUUCUCAGCAACUAAUGGUUACGCUAUGGACUUGAUUGGUGGUGGAGCAAAAAACUAUCUGAUGUUUUUGAAGUUUCUUGGAGAUGAAAAGCCACUAUUGGGAGGAAGUCCAUUCCAAAUAAAUUUUCAGUACGAUAUUGAUGAAGCUAGUAAUGACAAGAAUUUUACAUUAAGAUCGGGUCAUGCCAGAAGCUGUGACGAUCCAGAGUAUAAAUGUGCCUGUUCGGAUUGUUUAGAGUCCUGCCCAAAGCUUCCACAUUUCAGAAACUUUGCUAAGACUUGUACAGUUGGGCCCUUUCCUUGCUUUUCUUUCCUUGUCUUGCUAAUUUUAUCCAUAUUGGUAAUUGUUGGUGCUGGUUAUCACAUUUACCUUCGCAAAAUGAAAGCACAGAAACCAAUCUAUGACCCUCCAACUAGUAUGAUUUACCCUAGGAGACAAAGUGAAAGCCUGGUUGAUUUAUCUAAAAUGAAUACUUACUUAAUCGAGUUACUGGAAGAAUUAAUACUGCGUAUCGAAUCCUUUUUUGAACAAUUAGGCUUAUUCUGUCUGUCAAAACCCGGUACCACUAUUGGAAUCACACUUUUCCUUGCUUUACUCGCUACAUAUGGCUUAAAAUACCUCACUUUUGAAACUGAUCCAGUAAAUUUAUGGGUUAGUCCUACAGAACCAGCAUUACUAGAGAAACAAUACUUUGAAGAAAAAUUCGGCAAAUUCUACAGAGUGGAGCAGUUAAUUAUUCAUUCUACAAACGAUAGCGAGCCAGUACUCAACUGGAAUUCUAUAGAAUGGUGGUUUGCAAAGGAAAAAGAAUUGCAAUCGUUAAACCUGGACUCUCUUCAAUCUAUAUGUUUUAAACCACUUGGUGAAACUUGUGCAAUUGAAUCGUUUACACAAUAUUUUCAAGGAGACAUAAAUUAUAUAUCACCAGCUACUUGGAAGCAAAAAUUGAAGAGUUGUACCGACUCACCGGUAAAUUGCUUGCCAACGUUUCAACAGCCAUUGAAGCGUGAGCUCCUUUUCAGUCAAGAACCUGAUGUACUCCAGUCCAGUGCAUUCAUCGUAACUAUUUUGAUUGACAACACUGUUGACAACGAGGCCGCAGCAAUUGAAUAUGAGACUUCCUUGAUCCAAUGGAUCAACUCCAUUCAACCUUCUGCCUCAAAAUUAGGAUUGAAGAUAGACUACCUGACAGAAAUCUCUUUAACCGAAGAACUCAACAAAUCUACGAAUAUGGACGUUAGUAUCAUCUUAAUUUCGUAUCUUAUUAUGUUCCUAUAUGCAUCAAUUGCUUUAGGAGGUGGUAUUAAAGCCUCUGAAUUAUUCAAAGUGAGAUCUUACAUUAAAACAAGAUUCCAAUUAGGACUUUGCGGAAUAUUGAUUAUUUUGCUCUCAGUGUUUUCUUCGGCCGGGCUAUUUUCGUACUUCCAAAUAAAAUCGACUUUAAUUAUUGCAGAGGUUAUUCCCUUUUUAGUGUUGGCAGUUGGAAUUGAUAACAUUUUCUUAAUCGUUCAUGAGUUGCAGGCGGUCAGCUUGGAAGACAAAUCCUUAAAAUUGGAAGAGAGGGUUGCCAAAUCAUUAAAAAAUGUUGGUCCAUCUUGUCUUCUUUCUGCAUUUUUACAAUUUUCAAUGUUCUUGAUUGCAACUAAUGUUGACAUGCCAGCAGUUAAAAAUUUUGCAUACUAUUCGGCGGGAGCAAUAUUCUUAAAUUUUAUAUUACAAAUGACAGUUUUCAUUUCAUUUUUGACAAUUGACCAAAGGAGAAUGGAAGAUGGCAGAUUAGAUUUGAUUUGGGUCAAGAUUGGUGGCAAUAUAGAACUAGCAGAAAAUGCAGAAGAAUCGUUCAUUGAUGAUGACGAGUCGAGUGUGUUGACAAAGUUUAUCACUACAAAAUAUGCCCCGUUCAUACUUGAUCCUCCAAACAAAAGGAAAAUCCUCACAUUUUUUAUACUUUUAUGCGGUGCUUCGCUUAGUUUGAUUCCAACUAUUUCUUACGGAUUAGACCAGAGGAUUGCUCUUCCUAGAGAAUCAUAUCUUAUCGAUUAUUUCAAUUCCGUGUAUUCCUAUUUGAAUGUGGGACCUCCAAUUUUCUUUGUUUCCAAGGAAUUGAAUGUUACUGAAAGGUAUAAUCAACAACAGAUUUGUGGGAAAUUUUCAACUUGCGAUGAAUUUUCGAUUUCAAAUAUCUUACAACAGGAAUAUAAAAGAGGUAAAAAGUCAACAAUUUCAGAACCUCCUUCAAUUUGGUUAGAUGAUUUUUUAACAUGGUUGAACCCUGACUUAGAUCAAUGUUGUAGGUUGAAAAAGACAACCUUGGAUUUUGAUAAACCAGAAUUCUGUUCAGUUUUUGCUCCUGAAAGGCAAUGUGAAGCUUGUUUUGAAAACCACUCACCCCCAUAUUCCAUAGAUAUGAAAGGAUUCCCCGAGGGAGAUCAGUUUAUGUACUAUUUCAACGAAUGGAUUGAGCAGCCGAGCGAUAACUGUCCUUUGGGAGGAAAGGCACCAUACUCAGGUAGUAUAUCAGUGAACAAGACCACUGGAUCAAUUGACGCGAGCUAUUUCAGAACCAGUCACAGACCUUUAAGAUCACAGGAUGAUUUUAUUGUCGCUUACAAAAACUCUCUUCGUAUUGUACAGGAAAUUAAGGACUACAGCACAGGAGAUUUGGAAGUAUUUGCUUACUCUCCAUUUUAUGUAUUUUUUGUUCAAUAUGAAACCAUAUUAGAAUUAACGCUUUUGUUGCUUACAUCUGCAGGAGCAGUUAUAUUCUUGAUAUCUACUGUGGUUAUAGGGUCUCACAAAGUGGGAUUGGUCGUAGUUGGAUGUAUAUCUAUGAUCAUUAUCAAUAUUCUUGGGGUAAUGUCGUUGUGGUCAAUAUCGUUGAAUGCGGUUUCGUUGGUUAAUUUGGUGAUUUGUGUCGGGUUGGCAGUUGAAUUCACUAUCCACAUCGCAAGAGCAUUUACCAGAGCAGCAAGCUCCUUAACAUCUGGAACAGAAAGAUCAAGCUAUGCAUUGAAGACUGCUGGUGGAUCAGUAUUUACUGGGAUCACCAUGACGAAAAUCAUCGGUGUGAGUAUCCUUGCAUUUACGAAAUCCAAGAUAUUUGAGGUUUAUUACUUCAGAAUGUGGUUUUCUUUGGUGGUAAUAGCAGCAGUGCAUGGUUUAUGUUUGUUACCUAUCAUGCUUAGUUACCUAUAG